AUGCAAGACCAUCGUCCACCGACUCUGCGCCAGAGGUCCCGUAAGGAAGGGAAACACGGCACCGCCCGAGCUCCCCAACGCACUGAUAAAGCUCAGACUGACCAGCUGGAUCUUCCUCGGAAGCAGCCUCGCAAAGACUGCCGUCGAGCACGGAAACAUCGGCCCCAGAAGAAGGCUCAGGAUCCCGACGGCCACGGCUUCCCAUAUAAUGUUCGGCACCAGCCAGGUGAGGAGCUGGAAGGCGAUGCCACCGGCGACCAUGAGGGCUACGGCGAGUUUGUUGUCGAUGCGGUUUGCUGGGUAUACGAGGAGGAAGCGGCCGAGAGUUAUGCCGGCCCAGAAGCCGGCGCUGACGUAGCCGACUUGAGAAGGGUUGCCGUCGCGGUACGUUAUUAG